UCAUGCAGACAUCAGCAGUAACACGGACCAGGUCUCUUCGGUUCUCCUCCGAUUCGAACCGGACCUGGUGGAAAUGAAAACUCUGCAGGGCUCCAUGCUGCUGUUGUUGCUGGCUGCAGGCUACAUGGACGCGUACAAACCUAUCAUCAUCGUGCACGGCCUUUUUGACGGACCCAAAGAGUUCAGAAAGCUGUCUGGGUUCAUUACCAAGGUCCAUCCAGGGACCGAAGUGAUGACGAUCAGUCUGUAUGACAACAUGGCCAGUCUGAAGCCGAUGUGGAAGCAGGUCAACGACUUCAGGAAGACCAUCGACUGCAUCAUGCACAAGUACCCAGAUGGUGUCCAUCUUCUCUGCUUUUCACAAGGUGGGUUAAUUUGUCGAGCAGUCCUCUCCACCAUCCCACAUCACAACGUGCACACUUUUAUUGCGCUGUCUUCCCCCCUGGCUGGACAGUACGGAGAAACGAGCUACCUGAAACAUGUAUUUCCUCACCGUGUAAAGAAGACAGUGCAUCUUAUUUGCUACAACAGAUUAGGACAAAAAGUGUCUAUAUGUGACUACUGGAACGACCCUCACCAUAGAUUAAAUUAUCUGAGGAGCAACAACUUCCUCCCAUUGCUUAAUGGUGAGACACCUCACAGCAACAUGAAAGCAUGGAGGAAUAACUUCCUGCGCAUCAAGAAGCUGGUGCUGAUUGGAGGACCAAACGAUGGCGUCAUCACUCCAUGGCAGUCCAGCCAUUUUGGAUUCUAUAACAGCACCGAAGAUGUUGUAGAAAUGAGAAACCAGAAGUUCUACCAGGACGACGCGUUUGGGUUGAAGACGCUGGACGUUCGAGGCGACAUCUCGGUGUGUAUUCGCUCUGGAGUGAAACACACUGAGUGGCACUCCAACUUCACAGUGUUCAAGAGCUGCAUGGAGGAGUGGCUCACAUGAAGACAGCUCAUUCCGAUGAAAUGUGUUGAGACAAGAUGCUUUUAACUGCCAAUAAGUUCUGGUAAAAUACACGGUUGGACACCAUUUACAGUGUGAAGAAUUUUAUGACAUCUAGUGGUGAUUUUGAAAAUGGCAACCAACUCUCUCAAAGCAGUUUAAUUUAUUUUAUUGUAUUUCUGUCAAUAAAUGUUAGUUACAUGUUUCAUAUAGGAAUAUCUAUGUUUUCUUUCCCUUUUAGUGAGCAGAGAAAUGUUAAGUUUGUGCUGAUAUCAGUGGUUGAACUGCCAUGAAUUGAAAUUGUAAAAUUCACAUUUUUACCAGGAUGAAUUAAUGGUAGUGCUCAUCAAGUCAAAUGUUUGUUUCUGGUGAAUAAUAAUGUUGUACAGCCAGAAAAAGUUCUUCAGAGCUGUGACUGACGCUAAAACCAGUUACAGGACAGGACCUGUGAGAGCCAGGACUCACUGGACAAAUAUGUGCUCCAAACAAAUUUCCCAGCAUCAUUCAAAAUUAUAGAAUGAGUUCAUUGAAGAAUUGUACAAUACAGUAUGAUAACAAUACUGUAUGUAGGAGCCAUUAUUUCUCUUUGUUUGGUCCAGGUUUAUUGAGGUGGUGGUGGUGUUUGUUUACGUUUGGAAUGGCACAGGUGACCUACAUUCCCCUCCACUAUUGGUGGUGGUGUGGAGGGGAAGUGCAUAUAGGCAUGGAGGUGACAGUGCACGAGGUGCAUGGAUAACGGCAGGUCGCACGGUUUUAACCGCUUCUAAACGCCUUAAUGUCUAGACGCUUCUUACAGUUUUUCCACCGCCUUUUGCUAUACCUCCAUCCCUUUCAUAACCUCUAUCCAUCCUGUCGCCGGUUUUCAUUCAUUCAAUAAAUGGGAACACACCGGAACUUACCUUUCAGUCUGGACACUGGUUUAAUGAAGCGCGUUAUCACCAGGAUCCCCCGCACCCAGAGCGACUAAAGAGGACCAGAUAGUCGUCACACUGUAUGAGAACUCAAUACAAUGAUAUUCACGUUUUGUA